GGUAGAAAUAGCAGAGGUUACUGCCUGGAAGUUUACUCGUAAAGAAUGACCUUUCUGCGACCCUGUGCUGUAUUUACCAAAAACAAGUUCACACGCCCUGAACCUGCAAGACUAGCGAAGAGAAAGCUAUGAAACUGCGAGCAUGCCUGCGCCAUUGUGGAUCUGUUUGUGACAACGGCGCUCAACUUGAAUUAACCUGAUAUACUUCUAAAAACAUUAUCAGGGGUAUCGCGUUAGUGUUUGAACAUCUCAUUCGGAAGAAGAGGACGGGAAAUAUCAAUAUAAUUACACGAAACACAGAUUAUAUAUCUGCGUGAAACUCGCAGCAUCGACGCUGCUGCCGCCUGAUAGAGAAAGGACUAUACCAACUCCGGCAUGGGGGAGGGGUUACCUGAAUUCAAAUUGUAUUCACUGGGAAAAUAUAGAGCUACAAACAGCUCGAUUAUGAUGUUAAAAUUGAAAGUCAUAUUCAUUUUUAAUUAAAAGAUCCCCGGUAUCACAAUUUCCUUUGCGGUUCAUAUUAGAUGAAUUGUUAAACCGCGCUGAUCGGUUUGUAUUUUGUGAUUGGUAUAUUCCUCGUCCUGUGGGAGACAGACCCGUUCAGACACUGAGGGAGAGCAGAGAGGAGAUUUGGAGUGGCUGGUAACGGCUCUCACCUGAAGAGCAGAAAGGACACAUUCACUGAGGAGACGGUCAGAGCGAGUGACUAGAGCACUAGAGCCGUGCUGCACAUCCCACUGACAAUACCUGAAGACUGCCUUAUCCUGGUGAAAGCCAAGGAACAAAGAUGGAGUUGGUACCUAUCUGCAUUAAACAGGAGAUGCCUGAACUGCAGCCUGUCCACAUGAAAGAAGAGACUGAACUGGAGCCUGUCCACAUGAAAGAAGAGACUGAACUGGAGCCUGUCCACAUGAAAGAAGAGACUGAACUGGAGUCUGUCCACAUUAAAGAAGAGACUGAACUGGGGCCUGUCCACAUUAAAGAAGAGACUGAACUGGAGCCUGUCCACAUUAAAGAAGAGACUGAACUGGAGCCUGUCCACAUUAAAGAAGAAGAGACUGAACUGGAGCCUGUCCACAUUAAAGAAGAAGAGACUGAACUGGAGCCUGUCCACAUUAAAGAGGAAGAGACUGAACUGGAGCCUGUCCACAUUAAAGAAGAGACUGAACUGGAGCCUGUGCACAUGAAAGAGGAGACUGAACUGGAGCCUGUCCACAUUAAAGAAGAAGAGACUGAACUGGAGCCUGUCCACAUUAAAGAGGAAGAGGCUGAACUGGAGCCUGUCCACAUUAAAGAAGAGACUGAACUGGAGCCUGUGCACAUGAAAGAGGAGACUGAACUGGAGCCUGUCCACAUUAAAGAAGAGACUGAACUGGAGCCUGUCCACAUUAAAGAAGAGACUGAACUGGAGCCUGUCCACAUUGAAGGGGAAUCUGUUGACUUGUUUAAGGAUACAGAAAAUAUAUCCUGGCCAAAGAUAUUACAUCAGUGUAAUAAAUGUGGGCAGAGCUUCAGCAAGCCAGGAAGCCUAAAAACACACCAGCAGAGUCACACUGGAGAGAAGCCGCACCACUGUACUGAAUGUGGAAAGAGCUUCCGUGAGUUAGCAGUCCUAAAAAGACACCAGCGACUUCACACUGGAGAGAAGCCGUAUCAAUGUACUGUAUGUGGGAAGUGCUUCAAUGCGUCAGGAAGCCUAAAAAGACACCAGCGACUUCACACUGGAGAGAAGCCAUAUCAAUGUACUGAAUGUGGGAAAAGCUUCACUGAGAAAGGAAAACUAAACAAACACCAGCGAAUUCACACUGGAGAGAAGCCGUAUCAAUGUACUGAAUGUGGGAAGAGCUUUAGUGCGUCAGGAAACCUAAAAAAACACCAGCGAAUUCACACUGGAGAGAAGCCGUAUCAAUGUACUGAAUGUGGAAAGCACUUCACUGACAAAGGAACUCGAAACAAACACCAGCUAAUUCACACUGGAGAGAAGCUGUAUCAGUGUAUUGAAUGUGGGAAGAGUUUCACUGUGUUAGGAAGCCUAAAAAGACACCAUCGAUUUCACACUGGAGAGAAGCCGUAUCAAUGUACUGAAUGUGGAAAGCGCUUCACUGAGAAAGGAACACUAAACAAACACCAGCGAAUUCACACUGGAGAGAAGCCGUAUCAAUGUACUGAAUGUGGGAAGUGCUUCAAUGCGUCAGGAAACCUAAAAACACACCAGCGACUUCACACUAGAGAGAAGCCGUAUCAAUGUACUGAAUGUGGAAAGCGCUUCAUUGACAAAGGAACACUAAACAAACACCAGCGAAUUCACACUGGAGAGAAGCCGUAUCAAUGUACUGAAUGUGGGAAGUGCUUCAAUGCGUCAGGAAACCUAAAAACACACCAGCGACUUCACACUAGAGAGAAGCCAUAUCAAUGUAUUGAAUGUGGAGAGAGCUUCACUAACAAAGGAAAACUAGAAAAACAUCAGAGAAUUCACACCGGAGAGAAGCCACACCACUGUACUGACUGUGGGAAGAGCUUCAAUGUGUCAGGAAAACUAAAAAUACACCAGCGCAUUCACACUGGAGAGAAGCCAUAUCAAUGUAUUGAAUGUGGAAAGAGCUUCACUGACAAAGAAAAAUUAAAAAAACACCAGCGAAUUCACACUGGAGAGAAGCCGUAUCACUGUGUUGAAUGUGGAGAGAGCUUCCAACUUCUAAACAGAAUCCCGUGUGCUGUCAUGGACAGUGUGGAGAUGGAAUCUGUCCAGAUUAAAGAGGAGUUCCCUGAACUUGAACCUCUCCCCUUUACAAUGGAGUUCUUUGGGCUGGCUUCCCUCCCCAUGAAACAGGAGCUCUGUGAGAUGCAAUGUGACAGCAGCCAGCCAGAGGUCUCUGAGAUUAAACCUGAGCACAAUGAAUUGGAGAUCCCGCAGACAGAAGAACCCCUUCCUGUGAAACAAGAAGAGGUGCUGGAAAUGGUCCGUAUUAAACGGGAGCCCCCUGCAGUAGAGUUUGAGCACAUGGAACCAGGGAAGGAAGAAUCCGAGGACUUCAAACCAAACAUCCCUGAGCUGGAGCCUGUACGCCUGCGGGAGUGUAGCGUGGUGCUGGAGAGAAUCUGCGUGAGAGAGCAAGGCGCUGGAGAGGAAGGCUCUCCCAACAGCAUGCAAGGAGGUGGACAGGGAGACAGGCGCUCACAUUCAGAAUGCUGUCUAGCAGGUUCCAGUCCAGCAGCUAAAGCGAGGGCAGGCGGUGGAGAAUAUCCUGACUGUGGGAAAGGUUUCAUGCUGUUGGGGCAUUUAAACAAAACCCAACAAACUCACACAGGAGAGAAACCGUAUCACUGCUCUGACUGUGGGAAGAGUUUCAAUCAUUUUAGAAACCUAAAACAACACCAGCGAAUUCACACAGGAGAGAAACCGUAUCACUGCUCUGACUGUGGGAAGAGUUUCAAUCAUUUUAGAAACCUAAAACAACACCAGCGAAUUCACACAGGAGAGAAACCGUACCACUGCUUUGACUGUGGGAAGAGUUUCACUGUGAAACAAAGCCUUCAAUACCACCAGUGGACUCACACAGGAGAGAAGCCAUAUUGCUGCUCUGACUGUGGGAAGAGUUUCAGACGGGCAGACAGGCUUGUUUCACACCAGCGAACUCACACAGGAGAAAAACCGUAUCACUGCUCUGACUGUGGGAAGAGUUUCAGUGUGAAACGAGGCCUUCAAAACCACCAGUGGACUCACACAGGAGAGAAACCGUAUCGCUGCUCUGACUGUGGGAAGAGUUUCAGUGUGAAAAAAGGCCUUCAAAACCACGAGCGAACUCACACAGGAGAGAAACCGUAUCACUGCUCUGACUGUGGGAAGAGUUUCACUGUGAAACAAAGCCUUCAAAACCACCAGCGAACUCACACAGGAGAGAAACCGUAUCACUGCUCUGACUGUGGGAAGAGUUUCACUGUGAAACAAAGCCUUCAAUACCACCAGCGAACUCACACAGGAGAGAAACCGUAUUCCUGCUCUGACUGUGGGAAGAGUUUCAGUCGGGCAGACAGCUUUGUUUCACACCAGCGAACUCACACAGGAGAGAAACCGUAUCGCUGCUCUGACUGUGGGAAGAGUUUCAGUCGGGCAGACAGCUUUGUUUCACACCAGCGAACUCACACAGGAGAGAAACCGUAUCACUGCUCUGACUGUGGGAAGAGUUUCAGUGUGAAACAAGUCCUUCAAAAACACCAGCGAAUUCACAGAAGAGAGGAACUUUAAAAACCAUGUUCAAUGGGACUUUUCACUCAUGAGGGGAAAAUAAUAUUAACCUUGCAUUACGAGUCCCUGUGUAAUAACUGUUUUGUAUAUCACUCUUGAGCAUGCAUUUAAAACUCUCUUGCACUCUGUGUCAGAUAGUGGGUGAUGAUGCGGACACGUCACAAGAGGCUUCUCUGCUGUCAGUUUAACUCAGGCUGUCAAUGCAGUCAGUGCCUGGGAGUGGGAAUAUGCAGAAAGGAAACUAUUCCACACCUCAUCUGAUGGACGAGUCGGGAGAAAUCAAUAACUCAGUGUGGAAAUGAGUUUCAGGAUUUAACAUUUUGAACUUACUCUAUUUAUUUUCAAGUUAAUUAUCAUGCUUUUUAUUUUUUUUAAUGAUCUAAUGUACAAUAAAUGAUAAAUUGUU